GUCUUCCUCCCCCCGCCGACAUCUCCGGGAACCCAGCCCAGGCCCUGCCUCCCGGACACACCGACGCUCACGUAGUCGCCCUUGCCACAACCCUGCGGGCUCUCCGAUGCGGCGAGCGAGCUGGGGAGGGGGCUUCUCUGCGGCCCAAAAGGGUUCUAGCCUAUUCAUCUAGCCCCAUGAUGGCUGUGGACAUCGAGUACAGAUACAACUGCAUGGCUCCUUCCUUGCGCCGAGAGAGGUUUGCCUUUAAGAUCUCACCAAAGCCCAGCAAACCACUGAGGCCUUGUAUUCAGCUGAGCAGCAAGAAUGAAGCCAGUGGAAUGGUGGCCCCGGCUGUCCAGGAGAAGAAGGUGAAAAAGCGGGUGUCCUUCGCAGACAACCAAGGGCUGGCCUUGACAAUGGUCAAAGUGUUCUCAGAAUUCGAUGACCCGCUAGAUAUCCCAUUCAACAUCACCGAGCUCCUAGACAGCAUUGUGAGCUUGACGACAGCAGAGAGCGAGAGCUUUGUUCUGGAUUUUUCCCAGCCCUCUGCAGAUUACUUAGACUUUAGAAAUCGACUUCAGGCUGACCACGUCUGCCUUGAGAACUGUGUGCUCAAGGACAGGGCCAUUGCAGGCACUGUGAAGGUUCAGAACCUUGCAUUUGAGAAGACCGUGAAAAUAAGGAUGACGUUUGACACCUGGAAGAGCUACACAGACUUUCCUUGUCAGUACGUGAAGGACACUUACGCUGGUUCAGACAGGGACACGUUCUCCUUCGAUAUCAGCUUGCCCGAGAAGAUACAGUCUUAUGAAAGAAUGGAGUUUGCUGUGUACUACGAGUGCAAUGGACAGACGCACUGGGACAGCAACAGAGGCAAGAACUAUAGGAUCAUCCGGGCGGAGUUAAAAUCUACCCAGGGAACGACCAAGCCCCACAAUGGACCGGAUUUGGGAAUAUCCUUUGACCAGUUUGGAAGCCCUCGGUGUUCCUAUGGUCUGUUUCCAGAGUGGCCAAGUUACUUCGGAUACGAAAAGCUAGGGCCCUACUACUAGUGACUGUGGGUGACAGGGCGUGGCAGAGCUGCCGCAGACAAGCCUAGCUCUGCCCACUGCGCAGUGGAGAUGGAAGGCCAAGGAGGAGCAAAGUGGAGCUUCCAUGAGGCCCAGUUUGGGAAAAUAAAAGGAUCCUCUUCACUUCUUUCUUAAACCAGCAAAUCCAGCCAGGUUCAGAUUACACAAUUGGUGUCUCACUCAAAGAAGCACUGGUGGCUGGCGCGCUUUGGCACUGGGGCAGCCACGAGAGUCUGUGCAGGUCUGUGUUGGAAAGGGUACGGAUGGGAACCAAGCCUGUGCAGUGCUGCUGAAGCUGUAGGAGCUGAUGAAGCUGGAAGGAUCUGUCCUCUGCUCUCCACUCAGAGGUGGGACAUCAGUCACCAAAAGCCGUCAGCCCCAGCCACCUCGCGUCGGACCCUCACUGUUCGUCGUGUUCAUCUUUGGGUGCUCUCUGCCAGCCAGGCCUUUCCUGCAAGCUGCUGCUUCCCCAUCCACGUGUAUCGCUGUGCUGUGACACACUGACCUGACGCGCAUUUCCAAUGCAGCUGCAGAAGAGAAAUGGGAUUGGCUCUUGUUUUCUGAAAGUUCAUCUUUUGCAUUUUAUGUUUUUCCACAAUUGAGCUGACGUUCAGGAAAAGAUAAUAAAGGCAAAAUAGUUGGUGAUUGAGACAGGCAUUUCCUCCCCGCUCUUUUGACCCCACAGAUAUAUUCCGCCAGUCAUGGAAACCCGCUGGCUCGUGUGCAGUGGCGCAGAUUGCAGGGUUCUGAGCAGGCAGGACCGUCAUGAGUGGGGACAUUUCCGCUUCUCCUCUUGCCUUCUGGGGGAGCUUUCUAAGUCCCCACAUUUACCCUGAAUCACCGGAAAAAUCUGAUUUUUCCCUGGAAAGCUCAAUGACAAGAUUUGUUUUAACUACUUGGCUGGUUUCAUUCUUUACGAAAGAAUUUUGGAUCUCCCUUCCUGAAGAGUCGUCUUUUCUGCUGUGUUUAGGACAUUUGAUUUGCAGAUCCAUUAUCUCCUCAAAACCUUCAGAAAAUGGUUUUAUCUUGACCGUGAUUGACGAUAUCUAGAACACUUUACCGGCACCCAGGGACGUGGAUUUGGGUGUUCUUAUUUAUGGUGUGUAUGGAAAGGGAUAGGAGAGAAAAACCUCACCCGAGUUCUUAUAGGUUAUUUUAAAUGUUUGCCAACUCUGAAAUUGCAGAGAUUCAUUGUUCUGAACCAUAUUGGACUAAAGUCUGUUGGUUGGUGCUGUUGUAAAAGAGACCUCCAGGGCCGAGUGUGGUAGCUCAUACCUGUAAUCUCCGCACGUUGGGAGGCCGCGGCGGGCAGAUCACCUGAGGUCAGGCGUUCAAGACCAGCCUGGCCAACAUGGUGCAACCCCAUCUGUACUAAAAAUACAAAAUUUAGCUGAGUGUGAUGGCAGGGGCCUGUAAUUCAGCUACUCGGGAGGCUGAGGCAGGAGGAUCACUUGAACCCGGGAGGUGGAGGUUGCAGUGAGCCAAGAUCAUCAUGUCACUGCAUUCCAGCCUGAGCAACAUAGUAAAACUGUGUCUCAAAAAAAAGAGAGACCUUUGGGACAAUCAUUAUCAGAUAGACCCCAAACCUGUGAUUUUUCUUGGGUAAGAUUGGUGUUUACUUAGGGGUGCUUUAAACAUAUAUUUUUACAUGUAUAUUUGUAGGAAACUUUUUUUUUUUUUUCUUUCUAUUUUUGUUUUGGGAGUUUGGUUAAAUGACUCUUUUAUUUUCUGUUUUGCCUGAUCUUACUAAAGUGAAGUUUUCCUAAGGCAAGCAAGAAGAGGAGUAGAAGCACAGUUGCCUGGAUUUGGAGGCACAGCUGUUAGGCUUUGUAAGCUAAGAGUCUUGUGCUUGGGUUUUCCAGAUUAAUUUGAAAAGACCUCCCAUUGGUGGCUUUGUACAUAACCAACAGGCAGAUAGUGAGUGCCUUGGCUCCCAGAGUUUCGUGGUUGGGUUAGGUUGUUUUUGUUGUUGGUGGUGUUUUGUUCUGUUUUUGUUUUCAUUUUUGAAGUUUAAGAUGCCUUGACUUUUUAAAUACUCUUAAAUGCUAUUCAAUGUAAUUCUUAUUCCUAAAACUGGCUGUUCUUAGCCUGAAUUCUAAUGCUUUGUUUUUUUGUACCUCUCCCAGGUGGAUAACACUCUAGGAUUACAUGAUAAUAUAAUUUUAGGGGAAAUCACAUUUUUACCUUACGCUGUUACUGGGCAGAACCAUGUUUUAUGUAAACAUACCAGAUACCGGGUAACAGAUAGUACUUUAAAUAUUGUAAAUUUGGUGAUCAGAACUAUUAAUAGCAUAAAUCGAACUCAAAUGGAACAAAACUAUUUCAUGUAGGUCCUGAAUUUUACUUUGCAUUAAGAAGUGCCCUCCCCACAAUGCAGGAAAGGCACAGAGUGCACUGGCAUUGACAUGUUACCCAACUACAGAUCAUUCUGUGUUCAUAAGAAAAAGGCCUGCAGCCGGGCGCGGUGGCUCAAGCCUGUAAUCCCAGCACUUUGGGAGGCGGAGACGGGCGGAUCACGAGGUCAGGAGAUCGAGACCAUCCUGGCUAACACGGUGAAACCCCGUCUCUACUAAA